AUGACUUGUCUACAAACAGUUAUGUGUAACAGCAUCAAGCAUGGCUAUAGGAUUUGUCAGCUUGAUUUUGUUGCUGUCUACCUCAAUGGUGAACUCAGGGACAUGGACAUCUUCAUGGUCCUACCACCAGGUUUUGGAGUUUGCUUCAAGCAGUCACCACAAUCAGUGUGCAAUCUCAAGAAGGCACUAUAUGGACUUAAACAGUCAGGCUGUGAGUGGUACUCUAAACUUGAUCAUUGCCUAACAGUGAUGGCAUUUGCUCAACUUGGGCAAGACAUGGCCAUGUACAAGAUGGGCUUGGUUGUUGUUGCAGUAUAUGUUGAUGAUCUCAUCAUUGUUGGCAUUGACAGUGAUGUGGACCAUAUGAUCACCACAAUCUGUGCACAGUUCAAGAUCACAGGCAGUGAUGAUGCUGAAUGGUGCCUCAGUGUUCACAUCCAGCAAUUGCAAGACUGUACCACAGUGUUGCUUGGUCAGAUGUCUUAUAUUGACACCAUCCUUGAGUGCUUCAGCAUGACAAGGGCCAACCCUGUGAAGACACCAUUGGAUCCAUCAGCAGUCAAUCUCAGCCCCAAGGAUGCAAGCCACAAGACACUGAACAAGGCUCAGACAAUGAUUUAUCAACAGAUGAUUGGGUCUGUCAUUUACCUCAUGACAUCAACUUGUCUGGACCUUGUGUUUGUGGUUGGAAACCUUGCCAAGUAUCUCUCUUUGCCAACAAUGGUGCACCUCAACCAAGCCUGCCAUCUCCUUUGCUAUAUAUCAUAUAUGUGCAACAGCAGGCUAACAUACCUUAUUGACGACAACAGCAGGGUGCUGCUUGCUUACUCAGAUGCCAAUCACACUGGGAGCUGGAAGGAGAACCCAUACUCCAUGUCAGGUUUUGUACUAAUGUUAUUUGGGGGUGCCAUAGCUUGGAGGAGCCAUUGGCAAAGGAUCAUAUCCACAUCAACUGCUGAGGCAGAAGUGGUGGCCCUCAGCAAUGCUUGUCAUGACAUUGACUGGCUUAUUGAUAUAGUCAAGGGCCUUGGUCUCAUCAGUGGUAAUGAUGUUGGAGUUGUGCUUCAUACUGACAACCAGGCUGCACAAUGGGUCGCAUCUUCCAAUGGACCUCAACAAAACAAGGCUCUCACACUCUGGGCAGCAUACAUCAAGGAUACAGUCAAAAGGGGGCUCGUUAUCAUUAAGUGGAUCCCAGGCAAGUUACAGGUUGCAGAUGGCCUUACUAAGCUGCUCAAUGCUAGAGGGAGUAACAAGUCACAGGAAGACUUGGGUGUUCUUGCUGAGUAG